AUGUUAGGAAAAAGAGAAUUUAAAAUUGUAAAAAAAGAAUACGUCGAAAGUAGAGAUUGUAUUAUGAUUGUAUUAGAUGGAGACUGUUUAGAAAUUAAUUUAGAUAGAACCAAGUAUGAAGAAAAUAAGUAUGAUAUUUGUAGUGACACUAGUAUAGUAAGGAAAAUUACGCCUACAAAUGUAAUUACUGCUUCUGGUUCCUCUUCUGACAUAAUCAUUUCGUCCAGUGCUGUGAAUGCUAUGAAAAGUCCAGAGCCCACUGAGAAAGAAGUCGAAAAAUAUUUUGAAGAAAAAGAAAGUUUAGUUUAUGGAGUUAAAGGAAAUAUUGAUGGAACAGAAAUUUAUGUUGAAAGAAAAGGCCAAGAUGGAUUUUUUAAAGAAAGUUAUUACGAACCUCGAAGCGAAGAAGAUAAAAAACAAAUUAUCGAAAGAAAUCAAAAAAGGCGAGAAGAAGCAGAGGAAAAUAAAAAAGACUUGGGGCAGCAGGCUCAAAAUCAAGAAAAUUCCUCUAAUUCCGACAAAAAAGACACCGAACAACAACAAAAUCAAUCACAAAAGACAGGGAAUAAAGAUGACAACGCCAAGAAUAUUUAUUAUGGAGUGGCCGGGCAAGCCGUCAGUAAUAUUUUAAAAAGACUAAAAAAAGAAAUCAAGCCUGGUGUUUCAGGAAAGGAUUUAGAUAAGUUGGCUCGGCAAUUAAUGAAAGAACAAAAAGUUCAGUCAUCAACUCUUGAUUACAAGGGGUUUUCGGCCGCCAUUUGCGUUUCUCUUAAUGAAGAAUUAACACAUGGUAUCCCUGACGAGCGGAUUUUCAAGGAAGGUGAUUUAGUUUCGAUUGAUGUAGCUUGUAAUUACCAAGGUUAUCACGCUGACGCUGCUCUGACUGCUAUUGUCGGAGCAGGAGAUGAAGUAAAAAGAAGUCUACUAAAUAUAACUAAAAAUAGUUUAUACUUUGCUAUUCAAAAUAUUCAACCCGGCGUUACUACUACUCAGGAUAUUGGUGCCAUGUUAGAAAAAUACAUACGAACUCGUGGUUAUUAUCCUAUUAAAGAAUAUGGCGGACAUGGGAUUGGGGAAAAUCUUCACCAAGAGCCCUUUAUUCCUAAUUAUAAAAUUUCUAAUAAAGGGGAAGUGAUUAAAGAAGGAAUGUUUAUUUGUAUUGAACCAUUAGUUCAGAUUGGUGAUGGAGGGCGAAGGAGGGCUAACAUUGUUGUCGGAGAUAGGGAGAUGCCUGAAAAUAAAAAUAUUCGGGUGGCUCUGAGUUAUAUUUAUGGUUUUGGCAAAAGUUUUGGUCCAACUUCUCCUUCACGGCAAAUUCUCGAAGAAUUAAGUAUUAAUCCUCUUGCUAAGGUUCGUGAUUUGACUUCGGAACAAAUUAAUCUAAUUAGUCAGAGGGUAAAAAAAAUCCCGACCGAGGGGGAAUUAAAAGAAAAAGUUCAAAAAAAUAUUAGUGCGCAAAUUCGUCUUGGUACUUAUCAAGGGUUAAGGCGUUCCCGCAAACCUAAUCCUUUACCAAUUCACGGACAGAGGACACGGCACAAUGCUCGUACGGCCAAAGGUCAUAAAAGAAUAACAGUGGCUAAUAAGAAAAAGGCUCCUACUCCAAAAUAA